AUGGCUGACCAGCGCCCUGCACCCCUCCGCCUCGGCACCGUUGCCCCCAACUUCAAGGCCGAGACCACCAACGGCCCCAUCGACUUCCACGAGUUCAUCGGCGACAGCUGGGUCGUCCUCUUCUCCCACCCCGAGGACUACACCCCCGUCUGCACCACCGAGCUCGGCGCCUUCGCCAAGCUCGAGCCCGAGUUCUCCAAGCGCGGCGUCAAGCUCAUCGGCCUGUCCGCCAACACCCUCGGCAGCCACGAGGGCUGGAUCAAGGACAUUGACGAGGUCACCGGCUCCAAGGUCUCCUUCCCCAUCAUCGCCGACAAGGAGCGCAAGGUCGCCUACGCCUACGACAUGCUCGACUACCAGGACACCACCAACGUCGACGAGAAGGGCAUCGCCUUCACCAUCCGCUCCGUCUUCAUCAUUGACCCCAAGAAGACCAUCCGCACCAUCCUCUCCUACCCGGCCUCCACCGGCCGCAACUCUGCCGAGGUUCUCCGCAUCGUCGACUCCCUUCAGACUGGCGACAAGCACAAGAUCACAACCCCCAUCAACUGGGUUCCCGGUGACGACGUCAUCGUCCACCCCUCCAUCAAGACCGAGCAGGCCAAGGAGAUCUUCCCCGAGGUCCGCAUCGUCAAGCCCUACCUGCGCUUCACCCCUUUGCCCAAGGACAAGGCCACCGUCGCGUAA